CAACAAUCUCGCCCACCAGCCAAUUCUCUAAAAUGAACCUCCCUCCAGGGCUUUGUCUGCUCCAACAAGCCGAAAAAAUUCUCCUGCGUCCCAUUCAUGCACACCUGAUUUCCUACUGCCCCUCCAUGGACCUCAUUGCCGUCGUUACAGACGAAGAGAAUCUAGAUGUCUACCGCAUCAACGGACAGCGGGCAUUUGGCUUGAAGCGCAAGAAUGAGAGAGUUCGCGUUGAUGCGUUAGCUUGGAAGUUUGAUGGGCAGAGUGUGGCGGUGGCUUGGAGUGAUGGCUUAGUAGAUGUGGUUAGUGCGGAGACUGGGAAGGUUUUGCACGGAGAUGUUGGGUUGAAGGCGGUGGGUGGAGAGGGGGGAGAGGGGGAGAGGAGGAUCAGAUGUGUUGGGUGGGGAUUGAAUUUCAUUGAUGUGGAGAGUGUGAAGAGCCGGAUUGGGGUAGCACGGAAACGGAAGAUCGAAGGGGAUGAAGAGGUGAUGAAGAUUGAUUUCACAAAGGCGAUGGAGAUGGAGACUACAGAUGAUUGGGAUACGUUUAAAGACGACACUACGCUUGAGGACUUUCUCCAACGACAGCCCGAUUUACAGGCUCUAGACAUAGCUCCAGAUUUACCAGACCAGCUCGCCAUGAUGGACAUGGAGACCUUACUCCCGAAACUUCCAGCUAUCCCAUUACCACCGGCGAUACCGUUUAUGCGGCCACAGCAACAGGCGGAUUCUGGGGCCUUUAAUUCUCAGGCACAGGUGGAUGCGAUUUUCCAUCCUAGUCACAUGAAAGAUCAUAACGCUGUCGAUGUGAUGGUGAGGUGUACGGAUGGAGGAACGGUGCACCCGAGCCUGUAUGAUUCAUUGGAAAGCGUAAACGUAGGACUACCGAGUCGCUGGAACAUCCAACAAAGCAAGACUCUCCUUCAUGCAAGUCAUCCGUACAGCUGCAGCCAUGGGCUGGUGAUGGAAGUCAAGACGUCAUCGCCUAUGCAGACAAAACUAACUUUCGUUCCGCUAACACUGGGAUUUAUUCCCUCUGCUGGUGUCUAUCUUCAUCUAAUUGCGUCCAAGACAUCGCAGUUGCAGAAUCUAUUACUAUACAUCCAGCAAUGCCUCCAACGCAUCCAGACCUUCUGGAAACACUCACAAGACCUGCCGAACAAGUUCAUGAUGAAUGUCUCCGAGACCCUGGAGGAAAAGGGACAGGGGGAUUUGGUCCAGAAUUUAUUCCAUUUGGCUUGUACGGGGAAUUGUCCGCCGAUUAUUAGAGACUGGCUUGUGGAUGAAUUGCAGGAAGCCGGACACAAGCGUUGGGACCACACAGUCCAGUCCUCCCUAACCGUCCUUCUCACCCUCCUCCACGAAAAUCUCCUUCCAGCGCUAGAUCGCUGCUCCAUUGUCAUCUCCCGUCUUCGCGGUCUCGCACAAUUCCAUGACUCUAACUGGAUCUUCUCUACCCCUUUGACUUCCUUCGAUGCCCUGCAAACCCUACUCAAGAACUUGCGUCUACUUGCACACACCACGCUCCUCUACACCGGGGACGAAAAGCGGCAAUUCGGGAUGUUUAGCAAGUGGUUGCGUUACGAAAUUGACUUCGAAGCCACCGAAGCGGGGAGCCAGAGUCGAGAGGAAAUGGAGGGACGGGAUCCCGGUGUUGACAUCGCCAUGGUUCUUGAAUAUAUUCGCCACGGGCUCCGGAAAUCAGAUCUCUCGCCGUACCUACGACCCGAAGCAAAUUUACAUCCACACCAACAGAACCAGCCACCCAGCAGCUAUGAAGAUACGAGAAAAGCGAUAGAAUUAUUGAAAGACGAAGCGAGCUAUAAAGAAGAAGGGCUCUGUUUAGAACACGUGUUUCGGCAUCUACGGGAGCAGUGUGCGAGGCUAUUUCAGCAGAUCAGCGGAUGGCAGGAGAAGAGUACGACUAUGGAUUGUGGAGUGGUGGUUGAGGAGGGAGAUGGAAGUGUGGCAUUGGAUGUAAGGAUGGCAUUUGAGCCUGAACACCCCAACUCCAUUUCUACUUACAUCGCUACCUCCAUUCCGUCCCAAAAGUCCCAAAUGCAUGUCCACCGCAUAGCACACGCACCCACUAUCACCGCGCUCCCAAAAGACCUUCAUUCCUACGCCACCACAACCCUCGAUUUCUCAGGCCCUGGAGCUACAGUCUUGGACGCGAAAUUCGCGGAUGAUAGAAACGUCCUCGUUCUCCUCCGCAUUCCCACCUUGAAAUCCAAAAAAGAUAAAGACGAAAACGAAGAAGGAGCCUCACCCUCCGCGCUACUCCUCUCCAUCCCAUACACCCAUUCCUUCAGCCCCUCAGUUCAACCCUCUCCUCCAACCACAGCAGCUAUACCCUACACACCGCUCUCCGCUCCUUUCCACUCUUACACGCUCCCAACCGGCACACCAGCCCCAGCUACAACCCGCACAACCCUUCCCCUCUCCACCUCCGCAAUCACAAACUACACAAAACAUGUUUUCGAAGGCCGCUUCAUGCCACUGAAACUGAUUGUCAAUGGCCGGAAGGGAAGGAGGGUGGUUGUUGUGUUGGGUGAUGACCGUAAGCAUUAUCGGAUUUUGGAUUUGGAUUUCAGAGGGAAGAAGGAAGGGGAUCAGCAUAUGGGCGGUAGGAUGGGGGAGGAUGAGAAUAGUGUGAGUGAAGAUGAGGAGGAUAGUGAUGUUGAGAUGGCUGGCGCGUAG